CCUCGAAAAGUUGCAUCCAAGAAAAACAACACUAUCUUAACGUCAACCUCUCUCUCUCUUUCACUUUGUUAUUGUGUGCCUCGAAGUUUCCCUGCUAUUGCGAAAUAUCAAUCAACAGUUUAUACACUUCGUAAACCAGUGUUCGAUCCGUUGUUCAUUUCGAGUUCACGAGAAAAAAUAAUGCUGGGCUGUCAGGAAAGCAUCGUGUCGAUCAGGCAGAGGAUUGUGUCCAUCGUUGUCAGCGCUCGUUUAAAUAAUUCGAACUUGCAUAGACUCAAAUAGUGUCUUGGGAUUACCUUUUUUUUUAUUAUUUGUACAAAAGUCUUUGUCGAAUAUCGUUUUUUUUAAGUGCUUCGUUUUAGCAUUGAUUUUCAUUCAUCGAUAGAUUUUGGCCUAUUGUUUUAUAGAAUUGUAUAUAUAAACAGCUGAUCAUUUUCAUUUGUUACACAAUUGAAACUAGAUCAAGUUAUUGUACAUAACACCUGUUAUACGUUAUAGUUUUAAAUAUAAAGAGUUAUUUGUGCUUUUAUUUUUGAAUAGUUCAAAGAUGAAGUCAUUAGAUUUACAAAAGUUUAAGCAACUGCAAAGUUCUCCUGGUUCCAUAAGGAACAUUUGUAUUUUGGCCCAUGUUGAUCAUGGCAAAACUACACUGGCAGACUCACUUUUAGCUAGCAAUGGAAUCAUUUCAAAUAAGCUUGCAGGCAAAUUGCGCUACCUUGACAGCCGUCCAGAUGAACAGCUUCGUGGUAUUACUAUGAAAUCCAGUCUCAUCACUCUGUAUCAUGCGUUUGAUAAUUCAGAAUACAUAGUAAAUCUCAUAGAUUCUCCAGGGCAUGUGGAUUUUGCAUCAGAAGUAUCGACUGCUGUUAGAUUGUGCGAUGGUGCUAUCAUUGUAAUAGAUGCAGUUGAAGGGGUUUGUCCUCAAACUCGUAGUGCUUUAUCAAUUGCUUAUAUUGAACAUUUAAAACCUGUUCUAGUCUUCAACAAAAUAGAUAGACUGAUAACUGAAAUGCAGCUCUCGCCACUGGAUGCUUAUCAUCAUCUCAAUCAAGUGUUGGAACAAGUGAAUGCUGUUAUGGGUGAAUUAUUUGCUACUGAUGUUAUGGAAAGAGAUGAAGAAGAAGAAAAAGAAGCAGCACCUGUUAAAACUGAGGAGGAUAAAAUUGAAAGAAAUUUAGCUGAUUGGCAGUCUGCUCUUGAAGAGAUUGAUGACUCUCAUUUGUACUUCUCGCCAGAACAGGGAAAUGUUCUAUUUGCCAGUGCUAUAGAUGGAUGGGGUUUUUCAGUUCAUGAUUUUGCUAAAAUAUUUGCUGCUAAAUUAGGAUUCAGUGAGAGAGUACUGUCAAAAACCUUGUGGGGCGAUUAUUACUUAAAUACUAAACUUAAGAGAAUAAUGAAAGGGGCUCAAGAAAAAGCUAAAAAGCCUUUAUUUGUGCAGCUCAUAUUGGAGAACAUCUGGACUUUGUAUGAGACAGUGGUGACUAGAAGAGAUAAAGAAAAAGUAGCAACAAUGGUAGAGAAAUUGAAUAUCAAGUUAACUACAAGAGAUUUAAGAAUUACAGAUUCAAAGGCUCAACUUCAUGCAAUUUGCAGUCAAUGGUUACCUUUAGCUAGAGCAUGUCUUAACAUGGUUGCACAGAAAGUUCCACCCCCAAAUAAUUUGCCUAGUGAAAAAGUCAAACGCCUCAUAAGUGGUAUUGAUGAAUUCUCAUCGAUGCCUGAAGAAACUCAGCAAUUGACUGAAGAUUUCUUGGCUUGUAAAGCUCACGAUGAUGCUCCAGUUAUAAUUUUUAUUUCAAAAAUGUUCCCUGUCGAUACCAAGUCAUUACCUGAAAAUAAACCCAAACCUCUUACUCAGGAAGAAUUAUUAUUGAGAAAAGAAAUGGCUCGUCAAAGACACGCAGAGAGAAUGGAAAAAGAAAAGCAAGACCAACAAGAUCAACAAGACCAACAAGAUCUCACAAAAAAUUUCAGCGAACUAACUUUGCAAACAACAGAAGUUCAACCAGAAGAAAAUAAAGAAGAGGAUUGUGAAAAUCAUUUGGUGGCUUUCGCUAGAGUAUAUUCAGGCACUGUUAAAGUUGGCAGCGAAUUGUACGUUCUAGGUCCUAAACAUGACCCUAAAACUGCUCUUGAAAGAGCAAAAGCUGGUGAAGUAAUAGAUCCUUCCUUGCAGCUAAAAGAUUUGAAAUCUGGAAUGCACAUAACAAAAGUUACUAUUUCAAAGCUGUACUUGCUAAUGGGCAGAGAAUUAGAGCCGAUCGAAGAAGUCCCCGCUGGAAAUGUCAUUGGUAUUGGAAAUCUUGAAGAGCAUGUUUUGAAAACUGCAACUUUAUCAUCCACCAUAGCUUGUCCAUCUUUCUCCGAAUUGACAUUGUUGGCAGUUCCAAUACUCAAAGUAGCAUUAGAGCCAAAACAUCCGAACGACUUACAGAAACUAAUCAACGGCUUGAAACUUUUGAAUCAAGCCGACGCCUGUGCCUUGGUCCACAUUCAAGAGACCGGCGAAAUAGUUUUGAAUACGGCGGGCGAGGUGCACCUGGAGAGAUGCCUGGAAGAUCUGAAGCUGAGAUACGCCAAAGUUGAAAUCAACGUGUCGGAGCCGAUAGUGUCGUUCAAAGAGACAAUCGUGCCGCCCCCGAAAGUCGACAUGGUUAACGAGGUGAUCGAGAAAAAGGCCGAGGAGGAGGCGAAACUCGAGACCUGGACCUGGAAUCGACUGUGCUAUUUCGAGAUCGACGCGAGACCGUUGCCGGAUGAAGUUACGAAACUAUUGGAAAAUAACACGGAACUCAUUAAGGAGCUCGACAAGCAGUGCUCGAAACUAUUCAAGGACAGAGAAGAAAAUCAUCAGGAAAAUGCAGAGCAGCAGUGCGCAAGGCUGACGGAUAAGCUGCAGAAGAGCUGGAACUCUUUGAAAGCGGAGCUCGCGACUGCUUUUAAAAAUGCGGGCGGCUGGGACGAGGACACCCUCGAACGCGUCUGCUGCUUCGGCCCGCGGAAAUGCGGCUCCAAUAUUUUCCUCAACGAAAGCGAUUUCAAGCGCAAGCCCUUCUGGGAAGCGCAGGAAAAAUCCGACGAUCCGCGCGACGCCUUUUACAACAGCAUGGUGAACGGCUUUCAACUGGCUACGCUGUCGGGGCCGCUGUGCGAGGAGCCGAUGACGGGAGUCUGCUUCGUUUUGAAAAAAUGGCACAUCGAUCCGGAAAUUUACAAAGACGACACGAUUUACCAGCAAUCCCAUCUCGGAGGUCAACUGUUGUCAUCGUUCAAUCAGGCUUGUCGAAAGGCUUUUAGCUCGCGCAGACCUCGCCUCGUCACUCCCAUGUACUCGUGCAGCGUCCUGGUGACUUCUGAUGUUUUGGGUAAACUGUACGCGGUAUUCGGCAGGCGGCAAGGUCGCGUCCUCGGCGCCGAUAGCGCUGGCUUCGGCGGCCAGUUUCGGGUGCUGGCCGUGCUGCCCGUCCCGGAGAGCUUUCAUCUGGCCAGCGAAUUGAGAACGCAAACUUCCGGCCUCGCGAGUCCGCAGCUUGUCUUCAGUCACUGGGAGGUAAUCGAGCAAGAUCCAUUUUGGGUGCCUUCGACCGAGGAGGAGUAUCUUCAUUUUGGAGUGAAGGCUGACAGCGGAAAUCGAGCCAAAAAGUACAUCGAUGCUGUUAGACGCAGGAAAGGACUUCCGGUCGAUUCCCAACUUGUCACACACGCCGAGAAGCAGCGCACUUUGUCGAAAAAUAAAUAAAGACAAGGCUCUUUAUUGCAUAUGUAAACGCGUAUUUUUCUCACCUUUUUUGGGAAAUAAAACUGAUACGCUGUAAUAAUAAAUGUUUUUUUUUUAAGUAUGCACUGAGCUGGCAUAC